GUAAACACUAAUAUUCGUCACCAACAAGCAUUGUCCCAGGUUGAGGUCUACAUUGAAUUUCCCAACGAUGUCAAACACCAUUUGAAAUCUAACCUUAGCUUGAAUCUUCAUCAGGAUUCAAAAUCACAGUUAGAAACAAAGAAAACAAGUGAG